GAGAAGGAAGCCUUGGAGGCAGCGCACACCCUGAAUUAAAUAGCCGGUCCCGGCGUCUCGCCUUCAUUUUCGAUCGACCCCCUUGACUUGUGAUCCUUACAACUAUGCAAAGGGUAGCCAUAGUCACCGGCGCCACCAGUGGGAUUGGUUCUGCGCUGUGUGAACGUCUGCUCCAGGAAGAUGAAAACAUCCAUAUUUGUUUAGCCUGCAGAAACAUGGACAAAGCCAAUGCCACCCGUGACAACUUAUUAUCAUCCUUCCCCCGUGCACACAUCAGCAUUGUUAAAAUAGAUGUUGGCAGGCUGGAAUCUGUCCUACGUGCAGCUCAAGAAAUAAAGAUGAGGUAUGGGGAGGAGAAUGGCACUUGGAUGAGUAGCUAGAAGCAGUCUAUUGGAAAGAACGUGUAGCUCAGGAAGUCCUGUUCAAAUGGAUUUAUAAGUCAUACUGUUACUGCAUAUUUCUACAACAAGUUAAUCUUGAAUAAUUUU